UGUGGUCGCGCAGAUGGAGGCCCUACGCUGCCUCCAUGGACCGGAGCGUCCUUUCUCUAGCACAAUCGGCGUUGACGGUCGAGCCCGCAGGAGGCUCGAUUGCUUCCUCCUCCCCUGCUUCCCAUUCAUCGAGAUGUCGCUGGAGAUUGCGCUCCCAGACAGCGAUUUGGAGUCGCGGGACUACCUGGCGCUCCAGAAUGCCAUCAACGACCACGUCCUCCUUGUCAACGACGUUAUCUCCUUUCCCGCGGAGCUGCGCGCCAAAAAGCCACUGAGAAGCAUCGCGUCCUUGCAGUUGCUCUUGGAUUCCCAGCAUCAACACGCUCCAGGAAUCGGUGGACAGAACCUGUGCGAUGAUCCAGGAGAAGGAACGCGAGGUGACGCAUUACUACGACGUUGUGAUGAGAAACGCUGUGGCUUCUGGCAAUGCCGAGCUUGUGAGCUACCUUGAGAUCCUCAAGCUGUGCGUUCCAAACAACCUCAAGGUCCACUUCAUUAGUUCUCGUUAUGGAGUGAAUGAUGGCGAGUCUGGUCAUGGAAUUUGGAUUGUUCUGUAGAUCUUGCGAUGAAGCAUGCUAAGAUCCACAAACCGAAAUAAAGCUUUCAAGUUUUCUAAUGUGUAGAACUUGUGUGGAGCUCAUCAAGGGUGGCAACUUCAAUAGGAACGAGUGUUUCAAGCUCAUCGAUUCUUGCAAUGGGUUAGAGGAUGCCAGGAACAUCCACCAGUACAUCAGUAGCCACACUCUUGGCAAAACCCACACUGCGGUGGACGUUCGGAUCCACAACAAGCUCAUUCGCAUGUACGGACGUGUUGGAAGUCCUGCUCUAGCACGACAAGUUUUUGAUUCCAUCGAUUCCAAAGAUGCUUUCUCCUGGUACUUGAUGCUGGAUGCUUACCUCAAGAAUGGGCAACUGGUCGAUGCUUGGAGGGUUUUUGUCCAAAGUCCGGAGCAUGACUUGGUGUCGUGGACAUCACUGCUCUCUGCUUAUGCCCAGAACGGCCACAUUGAAUCUGCAAAGAAAAUAUUUGACGAGAUGCCCAUGAGGGACAUGGUCUCAUGGACGUCAAUGCUAGCUGCUUACUGUGGAAGCAAGAUGAUUCUAGAUGCCAAAAGAAUCUACGACGAAAUGCCAUCAAGGGACUUAGUGUCUGGAACGUUAUUAGUCUCGGCACUUGCCCAGUCUGGACAUUUGGAAGAGGCCAAGGAGGUGUUUGAUACAAUGCCAGAAAGGAAUAUGUUCUCGUGGAAUUGCCUUCUAUCCGCGUAUUCCUCGAAAGGCAUAGAUCAAGCAGUGAUAAUUUUUUAUACGAUGAUGCCAGAGAGGGAUUUGGUUUCGUGGAACUCUUUGCUUGCGGCAUUUGUUCAGGCACGGGAAGUCGAGAAGGCGGCUCGUGUAUUCGCUGAAAUGGAGGAGCGCGACAUCGUCUCUUGGAACUCUAUGCUGGCAGCGUACUCCCAAAGCGCGCACCGCCACAAAGCUGAGAUUUUCUUUAGCACUCGAAUGCCCUUCCACGAUCUAGUCUCUGGCAAUUGCAUGCUAGCGCUCUAUGCACGGGCUGGAAUCAUUGAGGCUCUAGAGCUCACAUUUGAUGAGAUGAUAGAGCGUAAUCUCGUGUCCUGGAACUCCUUGCUGAGUGGAUAUGCCCACAUCGGGCAUAUCGAGAAAGCAAGAGCCGUGUUCCGGCGAAUGCCACAGAGGAACAUUGUGUCCUGGAACUCCAUGGUCACGGCGCUUGCUCGCUGCGAAAACGUGGAGAUGGAAGCCGUGGAAGCCAUGUUCUCGGCGAUGCCGGAGCGAGACCUCGUCACCUGGAACACGAGGCUGGAUGCGUAUGCCCGGAGAGGGCAUAUCGAGGAGGCUAGAAAGGCCUUCACCGAGAUGCCGGAGCGGAGCUUGGUUUCCUGGACAGCUCUUCUGUCCGCGUACUCUAACAAAGGCCAUGCCCGCGAUUCGAAGAGAGUUCUGGAUUCCAUACCCGGUGGCGAGCAGCCAAACAGCGUCUCGUGGACUUGCUUGCUCGUGGCUUACAUUCGAAGCGGGCAGAUCCGAGAGGCAAGAGAAGUUUUCGACGUGAUUCCCCAGCGAGACACUGUGUGCUGGAACGUGAUGCUCGCGGCCUACGCUCAGCUCGGCUACCUCGCGAGUGCUCGUCGACUGUUCCAUCGCAAGCCAGAGAGCGGCGACGUUGUGUCGUGGGGAUCUCUCCUCGCGGCCUACUGCCAUAGUGGCCGCUGGGGCGAAGCUCCGCGGAUUUUUUGCUCGAUCAACUUGGUGAAUACUCCCAACGACGCGUGCUUUGCGUCCGUGCUCAUUGCGUGUAGUCACGAUGGCAAGCUCUACUCUGGAAAGUCUUUUUUUGCGUCCAUGAGCUUCGACUACGGCCUCGAAGCCAGCAAGCAGCACUACUCGUGCAUGGUGGACUUGCUUUCCCGAGCGAAAUACUUUCGUGAGGCCGAGGAGCUCGUGUGGAGCAUGCCUUACGAGGCUGAUGCGCUCGACUGGAUGUCCCUGCUCAGGAGCUCUACCGAUUCUUCUCAGAUAAACAGAGCAGCAAAAGAGAUUCUCAAGCUCAGUCCUGGCAACCCGGCUGCGCUCGUGAUGCUUGCGAAGCCUGUGCACAUGGAUGCCGACAAGGAAAAAUGCAUAUCUCAUUUCAGUGAAACUUUAUCAGCUUUUAGAAAGAAUCCACAAAAAACUCAACUCAGCAACUGCUGAAAAGGCCUUUAGUGAUGUGACGAACUUGAGCUCCAGAAAUGGUGAUAUUUCCUUGCGAAAACGCCUUUGUGUAUGGCCCCAAUCCUUCAUGACAGAAGUGUUAGAGCAAAAAAAUAAAGAUUUUUUUCUUCCUGCCUAUGAUAUCCAUCGGGUGGAGCUGCAGUGCUGCGGUGUUGUAAGAUUCGACUAGUGUUUGGAGCAGUCCUUCGCCCUCAGUGGCUAUGAGAAGCUCGCGCUGGUCACAAGGAGAUUAUUUAUACUUGCAAAAAAAAAAAAAAAAGAAGAGCAGCACCUUAAACUUGUCGGAUUUGUCAUAGUAGCUCGUAAGAACCAGCAAGAUGUCAAGUUUUUUGGAUCCUGUUGAACGUUUUCAUGUCAUCCUUGAAACCAAAAGAACAAGAACCGAAAAAAUUACUUUGGAGGUGGACGAGCUCGUCGGAAACUCCCGUUUCAACAGUGAGGAACCUGCUCAAAGCAAUGCCCAUGGCGCACAUCCCGAUCCUUGCUAUUCUUCCCGAGCUACCUGCAGGCCAUGAACGAAUUGAAACCGAUCAAACAAGUACAUAGACAAACAUAUGCAAACCUGCUGCCGAAGUCCAGACUUCGAUCUGUUUGUUGAGAAUCUCCCUGGGGCUCAACACGGACAAGUCUGAUACUCUCUUCCGGACUGACGAGACGAAAUGAAACAUCAUGAGAGGAGGAGCACGGAAGUAAAGCAUACUUACGCAUUUUGAAGAAACCAUUGCGACCAUAGCGUCCCGCCCCAUUCAAGAGCAGAGUUGCCAUGGCGACGUCUCUGCU